CAGUUAUCGAAUCAUAAUGGUUUCCUUAAAUCCAGUUCAGAUAUUUAAGUAUGGCGCAGAGGAGGAAAAGUCGGAGACGGCUCGAAUGUCAUCAUUUGUUGGUGCCAUUGCGAUUGGAGAUCUUGUGAAGAGCACUCUAGGACCUAAAGGAAUGGACAAAAUCCUGCAGAGCAGCUCCAACAAUGACACUGUCCAAGUUACUAAUGAUGGAGCAACUAUUCUAAAAGCCAUCGGCGUUGACAAUCCUGCUGCCAAGGUCCUGGUUGACAUCUCCAAGGUUCAGGACGAUGAAGUUGGUGAUGGAACAACAUCGGUAGUUGUACUGGCAUGUGAACUUUUAAAAGAAGCAGAGAGUCUGGUGGGCCAGAAACUUCAUCCACAGACAAUAGUCUCUGGCUGGCGCAAGGCAGUAGAUGAGGCACGUCGUGCUCUGACAGAAAGUGCUCUCGAUAAUGGGAAUGAUCCUGAAAAAUUUCAGGAAGACUUGAUGAAUAUUGCUCGUACGACUCUUAGUUCCAAGAUUUUGACUCAGCAUAAGGACUACUUUUCUACCCUUGCUGUUAAUGCAGUUCUUCGUCUCAAGGGAAGUGGCAACCUUGAUGCCAUUCAGAUCAUCAAGAAGUUGGGUGGAAAUCUGCGGGACUCUUACCUGGAAGAAGGGUUUCUGCUGGAUAAAAAAAUUGGAGUUAAUCAACCAAAAAGAGUUGAGAAUGCCAAGAUCUUGGUUGCCAACACACCCAUGGAUGCUGACAAAAUCAAAGUAUUUGGAUCACGCGUACGAGUGGAUGCUGUAUCGAAGGUUGCAGAACUAGAGCUGGCUGAAAAGGAGAAAAUGAAGGACAAGGUAGAGAAGAUCCUGAAACAUGGCUGCAAUGUUUUCAUCAACAGACAGCUUAUUUACAACUAUCCAGAACAGUUAUUUGCCGAUGCUGGAGUGAUGGCCAUUGAGCAUGCCGACUUUGAGGGUGUGGAGCGGCUAGCUUUAGUCACUGGUGCAGAGAUUGUGUCCACUUUUGACUGUCCAGAGAAGACCAAGCUUGGCCAGUGUGCAGUCAUUGAGGAAGUGAUGAUUGGAGAAGACAAACUACUUAGAUUUUCAGGUGUGAAGCUGGGCGAGGCCUGCUCAAUAGUCCUGCGUGGUGCCACCCAGCAGAUCCUGGAUGAAGCAGAACGUUCGCUGCAUGAUGCACUCUGUGUUCUGUCUCAGACAGUAAAGGAGACACGGACUGUCUUUGGUGGAGGCUGCUCAGAGAUGCUGAUGGCUGAGGCAGUGUCUCAGCUGGCGGCCAGAACACCCGGCAAGGAGGCAAUAGCCAUGGAGGCUUUUGCUAGGGCUCUGAGAAUGCUGCCCACCAUUAUUGCUGACAAUGCUGGCUACGACAGCGCAGAGUUGAUUGCUCAGAUGCGAGCAGCUCAUGCACAAGGCAAGCACACUAUUGGUUUGGACAUGGUGAGAGGUGAAGUAGGUGAUGUGGCUGAACUGGGCAUCACGGAGUCCUUCCAAGUAAAGCGUCAGGUGCUAGUCAGUGGUGCAGAGGCAGCAGAAAUGAUUAUGCGAGUAGACAAUAUCAUCAAAGCAGCGCCACGCCAAAGGGUACCAGAUGACAGGUGCCAUUGAUGAGCUGCCAUGGAAGUUACAAUUCAAAUGUGGCCAUCGUAACGAACGUAUCAAAAGACAGUUUUGAAACACGAGAAUGCUCUCCUUCAGCUUUCCAUUUGUAUUUUUCUGGGAUCAAUGAGGAGUGUUGAGAUGCUUAACUGAUUGACCUAGAGACUUUUGUCUAUGGCCUGCGAGUUAAAAGUGUGGUUUUUCAACCUGAAUUUCAAAUAAACUUGUGCAAAAAAGAAA